UUCCGUGGGGGAAGUGGGGCGUUGCUCCUGACUAGGGUUCAUUCAGAGUCAACAUUGGCCCCGUGGCGAUAGACAUUGGAUUUCUAUCUAAACGCCAUUAGCGCACUGCACGCAGAUUGAAAGCCCGGCACCGAUCGCCUCAUACAUGGAAUGGAGUAGUUUCGCCAUGAGCCGCACCAGCCGCCGCGUUAGCCGCUCUCCUAGUGCCAGGCUGCGAUGGUAGUAGACUCGUUUAGCGCAAGCAACAGCAGCGCCACCACUAGCCGCAGCAGCAGCAGCAACAUGAGCUCGUCUGUUGCCCCCUGGUGGACCACCCUAGAAGUAGGCCCUCCCGGCACAUUACUCUAUCGCAUCCUCUUCUUAGACUCGCAAUACCGCGCGUUUUCCCCCUGGCACGAUAUUCCCCUUCAUGUCUCCGAGUACCCGUCCACUGCCGCCGCACCCUCCGCCGCCGCCGCCGCCGCCGCAUCCGCGCACCCUCCCCCUUCGGGCCUGUCGUUUCUCUGCGUGACCCCGCGGGGAACCUGGGCUACGUAUGAGGUGGCGCAAGACGAGAACUUUAACCCUAUCCGUCUCGCGAAGCGCAAUGCCGCGCCAGCGCAUUUCGCGGAGAACUGUCACUGGAACAUGGGGGUCUUCACGCAGACGUGGGCGGAUCCCGCGGCGGCCAACGACCACCUCAGCGGCUUGCACUACGACGCGCGCCCGCUGCACGUCCUCGAUAUAAGCCGCCGCGCUGCGCGCCCCGGCGACGUGUACCCCGUAAAGCCGCUCGCAGCCUUCGCUGUAAUCACCCUCGCUGCACCCGGCGCCGCAACGCCCGCCGCCGCAGCCGCGACGGAUGCGGCAGCGGCAACCGCAACGGCAGCGGCAGCGGCGGGGGGCGCGGACGCGGACGCGGGAGGCGUGGUAGUGGGAGCGCCUGUGUGCGUGUCGUGGAAUGUGGUGGCGGUGGCGAGCGACGAUCCCCUGGCGAAGGAGCUGCAAGACGUGGCGGACGUGAGCAAGAAACUGCCGGGCGUGCUGGAGGAGAUUCGCGAGUGGCUGCGACUGUGCGAGUGCAAAGAAGCAGGCGACGAGGCGCGCGUGUUCGGGUUCAACGACCGCGCGCUGGGGCGCAAGUACGUGGACGCGUGCAUCACGGACUGCCACGCGGCGUGGCAGCGCCUGCACUCGUCGCUGCAGAAGCCCGAGCCGUGGCUCCCGCGCGCGCAGCCGCCCAAGGUGACGACCAUCGAGGCGUUCUGGGCGCCGUACACGGGGAAGUACAGCGAGGGCGCCUGUAACGCGGACGACAGCACGCCCGCGGCGAUCCCGCAGUCGAACCCGAAUGCGGGAGCGGGCGGCGCGGCGAGCUUGUCUCCGCUCUCCGCGGCGGCGGACUCUCUGUGGGAGACGAUGCCCGCGGAGUCCGCGCGGUCGAUGCUGGCGCAGCUGCGCGCGCGAAAGCACCUUGCGCGGCCGGCGUUCUUCAACAUGCGCGAGUUGCUGGAGAUGGGGGACGCGGGGAAGAGCAAGGGCGCGGGGAAGGCCAGCAAGAGCGGCGGGCGGAGCAAGGGGAAGAGCGCCAUGGGGAGCGGCAGGCGGGAUGGGGGGGGCGUGGGCGGGGAGGGCGGCGGGGGGACGUUCGGCUUUCUUAAAAAGGGCCAUGCGCAUGCGCGUGGUAGUGACGGCGGUAAGGCGGGCGGAGCGUUACCGUCUCCGGUCGCCAAACCAGCGCCCCCUGUGACUGUUCAGGCGGAACCAGCAGCGGCUGUAGCCGCGGGAGCCCCGGGAGUAGGUUCCGCCCCCGCCGCCGCUGCUGCGACUGCCGUUGCUGCGCCAGCGGUGGUGGCAGUGGCAGCAGGGACUGCAGUGGCGGCAGGCGCAGCAGCAGCAGCAGCAGCAGCAGUGGUAUCGACAGCAGAUGCAGGCACUGCGGGAGCAGGUGAGGGGGCGAGCGAAGCAAUGGCUGGUGCUGCAGCCACGGGCGGCGAUGCUGCUGCUGCUACUGCUGCUGCUCAAACCCCAGCAGCAGCAGCAGCAGCAGCAGCAGCAGGAGCAGAAGGAGCAGUAGCGGCAGCAGCGGAAGCACCGGCAGCCACGGUAGCAGGAGCAGCAGCAGCAACGGGGUUGGCACCAGUGGUGAAAAGCCUUGGCGGAGUGGAGGAGGGGGAGGGGCGCGGAAGCAGCCUCCGCGGAGUUCCGGAAGGGGGGGCAGAGGGAGCUGACGCGGAAACAGAGGGCAACGCGGCUGCGGAGAAACGAGAGGGCGGAAGCGCGGAUGGCGGGGAGCAGGCGCAGCAGCAGGGGGGGACUGACGGCGCAAAGGCGGGCGCAGGGGAGGCGGAGAGGGGGAGGAGGAAGUCGGAGGAGGGCGAUAAGGAGCGAGAGGGUGGGAGGGACGGGCGGGACGAUGGGGAGAGGAGGCCGGAGAGGGAGCGGGAGAGGGAAAGAGAGCGGGAGAGGGAGAGGGGGAGUGACAACGAGCGAGCAAGGGAGUCUGGUUACCGGGCUGAUAGGGGGAGGCAGGAGCGCGAUGAGAAGCACAAGCAGGGGGAGGCGGAGGGGGAGGGGGAGGGGGAGGGGGAAGGGGGGAAGCAUGGGGGGAGGCGCGGCUUGGGGGGAGCGCGGGGGAGAGCAGGAGCAGGGGAAGGGGACGAGGCGGAGGGGGGGGAUUACAGCCGGCAGUCCACGCAGGAGAGGGGCGGGGCCAGCCGACCAGCCACGGAGGGUCAGAGGCGGCCCACAAAGCCGGGGGCCACGUGGGCGAAGCUCAAGUGGCAGGAAAAGGACGGUGCCGACAACGACAGCACCGCCAACAGCCGCUCACCCGCCUCCUCCUCCACCGCGCGCCACCACGCGCACCAGAACGGCCGCGACGGCCAGCGCAGCACCACGGCGAGCAGCAGCCUAAUGGCGCAGCGGGAGGAGCUCCGCGCCGAGCUCUUCCAGAAGUCCCUCUCCGGUAACCGCGCGCCGCUCCCCACGCUCGUGCGCCGUGCCAGCCUGGAGUCGGCGGAGCCGGGGGGGACGCGCGGGCCGCGCAUCCGGGGGCGGCCGGGGGGGGCGCGCAUGCUGCACCGCACGCUGACGGAGGAGCAGCAAGAUGAGGGGCGCGGGUCGUUCAUGGAGGAGCGCAGUGCGGACGUGCGCGACAGCGCGCUCUACAGGACGCUCUCGGGGCAGAGCGGGCAGCCCGAGAUCCACGGCAUGACGGCUUACCGCCGCGGGAUCGGGGGAGCAGGGGCUGGUGGUUUCGGUGUGGGUGGGGGGAGGGAGGGGAGCAGAUGGGCGCCUGGGGGCGGGGCCGGGACGCUGGGGAGGAGGGAGUCAGGCGAGUGGUCGGACGAGGGGGGCCUGUCGGGUGGGGAGGGGUCGGGGCCGGUGCUGCAGCGCACCAACACGAAUGACAGCCUCAAGUCGGCGGGCGUGCGCAGCGAGGCGGGCAUCAGCAUCGGGCGCGCGCCCGCCUAUAUGAUGAUGAUGCGCGACGGCCACAUGCGCGAGGGGGGAUUGGGGCUCAUGCGGGAUAACAGCGGGGGAGGGGGAGGGGGAGGGGGAGGGGGAGGGGGGAACCGGCUGCUGCGCAAGCACCUGAGUGGGCAGGGGGCGGGGCUAGGUACGUUCCAUGGGGAGGAGGAGAUGGAGGAGGAGAGGGCAGGGUGGGGCCGGGCCAGGCGGUACGAGCACGACAGGGAGAGGGGUGCGGGGGAGGGGUGGCAGGGGGACAUUGGCCGCGACCGCCGGCACAGCCCCACCCGCGCAGGGGAGUAUGAGGGGAGGGCAGGGAGAGGGGGCGGCGGAGGGAGGCGCGGGAGGGGGGAGGCGCGGGAUGGCGGGGGGAACUCAGGGAGUUUGGGAAGCGUGGGGGGAGAGAGGGGAGGGAGUCAGGCGUCUCGUAGUCCGCGGGGGAAGAGAGGGGAGGAGGAUGGAACUGCGUGGAAGGAGCAUGAGGAGGAUGAUGAGGAUGAGGGAAGCCCUAACUUCAGUCCUGUGAGGGGCAUGGGCAAGGCAGGCGCUAUUGCUGCUGCGAGGAGGGAGAAAUGCCAGGAUUAAGGGGCCGGGAGUGGUAUGGGUGGGUGUCUGAGUGUGCAUGGGCGUGACUUGGUUAGAGAAGGGGUAAAAUCGAGAUGACAUGAGGAAUUGGUGUUUGUCUGUUCUCUGGUCUGUCCCUUGAAGCUUCUGUAUGGCGCUUUUGUGUGGUUUGAUUGUGGUUCAUAUUAGGGAGGGAGGGGGGAUGGACAAGCCGGUCUUGUAGCCAGGAGGAUUAGGUACCUGAGUCGGCAUGCACUAAACGCUACUUGAAUGUGCAUGGUAUGUGGUUCUGACGGUAGAUAGUGCCACAUAUAGGAUGGUUCAUGCUUGUUGCACUUGUAGACGUUUAAUGCUUUCUCUAGGUUGCUUAGUGAUGAUUAAUGCCUUCGAUACAAGCUGUGUAGUUGUAAGUUAUUAGUAUUCUGUAGUAGAAGUGGCAUGUAUUGAACUGUUCUAGCAUGUUCAAAUGCUG